AUGGACAAUAGUGAUCAACCGACGUUUCAAAUACCAACGUCGAUUCCACGGCGGACACUUGGACAACACAAUCCAGGAACAUCGCCCGUUAAGUCUCUAUCGGUAAGUGUUGACUGGUGCAUGAUUGAAAUAUGAAAACAAAACAUUUCGAAAUUCCUUGAAGAAGAUUUUGUUACACAAAAACUGAAAUUUUUUUGAUCAAAGUAUUCAAGAAAUUUUGGAAGUCUGAGACCACUCACGAAGUUUCUGAUUUAAAGUCACCAAGAAUUAAAAUAAAACAGAACGAUGAUUUUCUAAAUAUUAUUGGAGUAAAAAAAAUUGACAAACAAAACUGUGGUUAUAAAUUGAAAUGACGCUCUUCCCGAGUACUGUGUUUCAGCCAGAACCGAUGUUAGUGACGCAUAGGAGUACUGUACUUGGGGAAUUUGAGAUUUGAAUUUCUGGCCUUUUGCCAAUUUUUUUUACUUUGAUGAUCAAGAGGAUAAUUUUUUGAAAAAUUCAUGGCUGCGAUGUUUUUUUUUCAGAAAUACAAACCGCAAAAUAAUACUCCAGAUUUUCAAAAAAUCUCUCACACCCAUCAUCAAAAAUAUAUUUCUAGGCUCAUACGUCACCACGAGUCACACCAACAAAAGGAGCAAAUCCAUAUGGAGAUAGAUAUAUUCCCUUACGGCAACCACAUGCUGAAUGGAAUGCUCGGUUUUGUGCGAUAAACAAUCCCGACAUGGAGGUUAGUCAUUUUGUUUUCUUUUUUCUUCCCGCAACAAACAUUUCACCAAACAAAACAUAUGGCGCCAACGGUGACAAAUAUCUCUUUGUUCUUUGUUUUGGCGCCAAAAACUGGUUUUGUGUAGUUUUUUUCAAGAAUUUUUUAUGGCAAAUAUUAUAAUUUGGGUCAGUCAUACUGUCAAUCAUAACACAUUUGAGUACAAAAAGUGCCGACAAAACGGCUUAUAAAGAUUAAUUUGAUGAUAGGAAGGGGGCAAAAAGGAAAGAUACUUAUAUAAAUUAGAUGACCUCAAAGAGAGGAGGCCAUGUUGCGCAACAGUCAAACAAUUACAAGUUGGUGGCAGAAACUGCGAUGAUUUAUGUGUGUGAUAGAGAAAAUUGGGAAAAGGGGAAUCAUUUCAGAAAAAAACUGGAAAUGAUUUAAACUCGAGUUAUUAUUUGUGGUGAAAAAGUACAUUUGAAAAUAAAAGAAUUAAAACAAAACAAAAUCCUACCCAUACCUGACGAGACGUGUCCAAAAUGAACACUGUACAAAAAUUUUCAAAGAUCACACUGUACAUUUUUUCACGAAAAAAGUGUAGUUUUCAUUGAUUUUCAGCCGAUUUUGAUGAAAAUUUUCAAAAAGUCAACAUUUCACGCUGCACAAUUUUUUUUGCAAAAAUUUCCACGCUGCACAAAAAUUUUGGGACACUCCCGCCAGGUGUGAUCCUACCCUCGUUUCAAAUGCUCUUUUUUUCUCUCAUAUGAAAUAAUUUCAGGUACCAUUCAAAAAACCAAUGACAACAUCAACAACGGGUUCUGGACGAAAUCAACAAACAACACAACAAUCAUCAAGUUCUUCUGCAAAUGCAGUCGCAACUUCAUCAUCUUCACAUUCACAAGAUUAUUAUGCAACAAGUGGUUCGGGUAAUACAACACCAACUGGAAAUGUUCAACAUGCUUGUUUUGAUGAUGCGAGAAGAGAUGAAAUGGUUGUAAGAGCAUUAUUGAGAAAUGAAAUGCUUAAAGAGCGAAUAGAUGAUGUUAAAUUGCAAAUUUUGCCGUCUGAUGAACAAUUGUCGAGUUAUUCGUCUUCUCCAAUUGUUCAUAGUCCUUUUCAAUCGACAUCUGGAAUAUUUCCACAUUUAGAACGAAAUGCAUAUGGAGGAAGUAUGGAAAGUUUGGUUUUGCCGCCAACAGGAAUUGAUGAUACAACAAGGUGCGUUUUUAUUUGAAAAAAAUACAUGGGAUAAGAUUUGAAAUUAAUUUUCAACACUUUUUUUCGGACCGUGAUUUUCUCAAAAAUUUUUUUUUUUAAAAUCGUCUUUUUCCUUAAAAAAUGGGUUAACUUUAUAAAUAGAAUUGUGAACUUUUUGAACUCUUCAAGUUAAAAAUUUGGAAAAGAUUUUCAGAUUUUUUUCUGAAAAAUGGAAAAUUCUUAUUUCUUUCUAACAAAAAAUCUCAUUUUUGCAGAGCUGGCGCAAUUUCUCCCACAAUGGAUAUGCAAGACAAUCGAUUGCGCGGUGGCGGUGGAAAUGGUGGAACAAAUAACAACGGAAAUACGAAUGGAGCAGCAACUCCAACACACGGAAGUACUUGUGGAGAAUCACCAAGACCUGUUAAUAUUCCAUUAUCACCAGUUAGUCAAAUGCAUGCAAGUCCAGCAAGAAGUUUAUUCACGUAUAGUGCGAAAACAACACCAAAUAAAUAUGGACCACCAAGUACAUCUGUCAAGUAAGUUUUCUUUAUUUUUGGUCAUCUCUAAAUUUUCUAAUUGUUUCCAGUCAUUCCCCAUUCAAUGGUCCACUUGGUGAAGACAGUCAACGACUUUUACGAACUCCAAGGAAACCACAACGGAAGGUUCCGAAAAAUCCAUACAAAGUUCUAGAUGCUCCUGAACUUCAAGAUGAUUUCUAUUUGAAUCUUGUUGAUUGGUCAACCCAAAAUCAAUUAGCUGUUGGUUUAAGUAGUUGUGUAUAUUUAUGGAGUGCAACAACAAGUCAAGUCACAAAAUUGUGUGAUUUAAUGGGUGAACAAGAUAAUGUGACAGCUGUACAAUGGGCUGAUAAAGGAGAUUUGUUGGCAGUUGGAACAAAUCGAGGUGUAACACAAAUAUGGGAUGCGACAACAUUGAAAAAGAUUCGCGAUUUACAAGGACAUACAUCAAGAAUUGGAUGUUUAGCAUGGAAUGGUGAUACGAUAUGUUCAGGUAGUCGAGAUCGAACAAUUCUUCAUCGAGAUAUUCGAUGUGAUGAUCGAGAAUUACCACGAAAAUUGACAAAUCAUCGACAAGAAGUUUGUGGAUUGAAAUGGUCACCGGAUAAACAAUUAUUAGCAUCGGGUGGAAAUGACAAUCAAUUAUUAGUUUGGAAUCUUCGACGACCAGAACCAGUCCAAACCUAUACACAGCACAAUGCGGCGGUGAAAGCGUUGGCUUGGUCACCGCAUCAUCAUGGUGUGUUAGUUUCUGGAGGUGGAACUGCGGAUAGAUGUUUGAGAUUUUGGAAUACGUUGACUGGACAACCAAUGCAAUGUAUUGAUACUGGUUCACAGGUUCGUUUUUUUUCGGAUUUGGAGAAUCGAAAAAUAAUUGAUCCAGCGGCUAAAAGCAGCGGCUAAAAAAUUGCCAACCCAGUGAAACAUUUUUUUUCAACAAAAACUAUUUUCAGGUGUGCAACGUGGCUUGGUCAAAACACAGCAGUGAAUUGGUUUCAACACACGGCUACUCAUUCAAUCAUGUGAGUAAUGGGGAUAAUGACAGUAGUUCGGCUGUCAAAUCAAAUGAAAAAUUAGUGAGUAGAAGAGAAAUUGAUGGCCCCAAGCGAGAAGAGCAUGUUGUGCAUUUUAUUUUUUUUUCAAAAACAAAACAUUAUUGUCCGUCCUUGACUUUUUUCAUCUGAAAAUUGAACAAAUUUAAAUUUAUUUUCUGUUCAAUGUUUCUAGUGAAAAAAGUCUAUCUGAAAUUUUCGAUGCUUUUCAGCUUUGAAAUUUGUCUUUUUCAUUUAUGUAGCAUGUUUGAAAUGAAAUGCACAACAACACCAUCAAAUCUCUUUGAAAACUCACUAAUUAACAAAAAUUGAUAAGGGCAUGUGUAAUACCUUUGUAUUGUCAAUUCGAAAAAUUAUUAGAAUGGAAGUCUGUAGUACUGUAGACCUAGCUCCAAAUGCUAUACAUGUGAACCCUCUCAUAAUUAGGAGAGCAUAGCAUGGUCAACACAUUUUUAAAUUUUCUCCCGAAUUUCAAAAAAUAUUCUCAAACCUAUCUAUUUUUGAAAAUUCUCCCACCUGAAGUUUCAUGUUUUUUCCUAGCCAUUUUCGUACUCUUCGAAGCUUCUGAUUUUCUUCGAAUUGACAAUAAUUGAAUAGUUUGAAUAAUCUGAAAAAAUUGAAUUUUCAUAAUCCUUUUAUUUUUUGCAGGUAAUAAUUUGGAAAUAUCCAAGUCUGCAACCUGUCACCAAACUUGUCGGCCAUCAAUAUCGUGUUUUAUAUCUUGCAAUGUCCCCGGAUGGCGAAUCAAUUGUAACCGGCGCCGGCGAUGAAACUCUUCGUUUUUGGCACGUUUUCAAUAAAACAAAUACACCGAAAAUUGCAAGAUCAAAACUAAAUUUAUUGUCGAGUCUUCGAUAA